UCUGUCUCUCUCUCUCUCUCCGGAGCGCCUGUUUUUCACAUCGUGUACCUUUAAAAGGUUGAACCCGGCGGUCUGCGAGCAGCGGAUUGUGCCUCCACUCGGCUCAGCUGUGUCUACCUUCCAGCAGUGACAUGGCACAGAGGCUGUGAGCUGCCAGCAGCAGCAGCAGCAGCAGCAUCCUGCGCCAUGGACGCGCUCCGACGGCCGAAGCGGAGCGCAGCGCUGGACGCGAUCAUGAUACCCAUGUGGAUAUUACUGAGCUCGUUGUCGGGACUGAAGGCGGACGACGACGUAAUGGAAGAACUUGCCACCGAAAAGGAGGCUGAGGAAAGUCACCGACAGGACAGCGUCAAUUUGCUGACAUUCAUCUUACUGCUGACCUUAACGAUCCUCACCAUAUGGCUCUUCAAGCACAGGCGGGUUCGCUUCCUUCACGAAACCGGGCUGGCAAUGAUUUACGGGUUGCUAGUAGGUGUGAUUCUGCGUUAUGGCAUUCCUGCAACCAGCUACCACCAUAAGACGCCUCCAAGCUGCUCACUGAAGGAAGGACCUGCCAGCACCCUGCUGCUUAAUGUCAGCGGCAAGUUCUUUGAGUACACCCUCAAAGGGGAGAUCAACUCCAGAGAGAUUCACAAUGUGGAGCAGAAUGAUAUGUUGCGCAAGGUGACCUUUGACCCUGAGGUGUUUUUCAACAUACUGCUGCCUCCAAUCAUUUUCCAUGCUGGGUACAGUCUAAAGAAGAGACACUUCUUCAGGAAUCUGGGCUCCAUCAUAACCUAUGCGUUUCUUGGCACUGCCAUCUCUUGUUUUGUUAUUGGGAACCUGAUGUACGGUGUGGUCAAGCUGAUGCAGGUGGUCGGACAGCUGACGGACAAGUUCUACUACACCGACUGCCUUUUCUUUGGUGCUAUCAUUUCUGCCACAGACCCAGUGACGGUGUUGGCCAUCUUUAAUGAGCUCCACGCAGACGGGGAUCUCUACGCUCUGCUGUUUGGAGAAAGUGUAAUGAAUGAUGCAGUGGCCAUCGUGCUCUCCUCGUCUAUUGUGGCCUACCAGCCCAGUGGUGCAAACACACACAUGUUCGACGCUUCUGCCUUUUUCAAGUCGGUGGGCGUUUUUCUGGGUAUUUUCAGCGGCUCCUUCCUGAUGGGUGCAGCCACAGGAGUCGUGACCGCCCUCGUCACCAAGUUCACCAAACUGCACUGCUUCCCACUGCUGGAGACGGCCCUCUUCUUCCUCAUGUCCUGGAGCACCUUCCUACUGGCUGAGGCCUGCGGGUUCACAGGCGUCGUGGCCGUGCUGUUUUGUGGCAUCACGCAGGCUCACUACACCUACAACAACCUCUCAGAGGAGUCCACGAAACGCACCAAGCAGCUCUUUGAGGUGCUUCACUUCCUGGCUGAGAACUUCAUCUUCUCCUACAUGGGCUUGGCUCUGUUCACCUUCCAGAAUCACAUUUUCAGCCCCAUCUUCAUCAUCGGAGCCUUUAUGGCCAUAUUCAUUGGACGAGCUCUGAACAUUUACCCGCUGUCCUUCCUUCUCAACCUCGGCCGAAGGCACAAGAUCAAGGGAAACUUCCAGCACAUGAUGAUGUUUGCAGGUCUACGUGGGGCGAUGGCGUUCGCCCUGGCCAUCCGGGACACGGCUACCUACGCCCGCCAGAUGAUGUUCACCACCACGCUGCUCAUCGUCUUCUUCACUGUGUGGGUGUUCGGUGGGGGAACCACGCCGAUGCUGUCCUGGCUUCACAUCAGGGUCGAUGUGGAUCCAGAUCACGACCAGCAGCCGUGUGGAGACAGCUUCCAGGUGCUACAGGGGGAUGGCUCCCAGGCUGAAGGACAGAGUAAAACCAAACAGGAGAGUGCGUGGCUCUUCAGACUGUGGUACACCUUUGAUCACAAUUACCUGAAGCCCAUUCUGACACACAGCGGUCCACCUCUCACCUCCACUCUGCCAAGCUACUGCGGGCCGCUGGCCAGCUGUCUGACCAGUCCACAGGCCUACGAGAACCACGAGCAGCUGAGGGAUCCCGACUCCGACCUCAUCCGCAACGACGCCGACCUGACCUUUACGUUUGGCGACACUUCCAUCACAGCCAACGGGGCCUCCGGCGGCGGGGCGGACGCUGCCGGGGGGUCGGGCUGGAGUGCCAACGGAAAGAGGAGCGGCAGCACAUCGGAGGAGGCACUGGAGCGCGAGCUGGACUCUCGCGAGCAGGAGCUGCUGAGCCGAGGCACACGCCUGGUGUUCCCCAUCGAGGACCACGUCUGACGUUGCCUCUGUGCCCCGCCUGAGCUGCCGACCUCCCUGACCCGACCCACAGACCGCCUCGCCCUUAGCUCCCUCCACCUCUGUGCAGGCGAAGCGUCCAGUCCUUCACAGAUAAGACAGAACGGAGAUAUGGGAGUAGACAGGAGGGUCAGAGUGUCUCCCUGUAGGCCGGGGAGCACAGCUCAAAGAGCAUUUCAUCCUCAUUACAGAAAUGGAGUUACUCUCCAGGAGACAUGAGCAUCAGGAGAGAAAAUCUCCACGUUUCCGCUGCAUAAACAGGAGAAAAACCAGGACAUGGGGACAAAAUGUGCCCAUGCGAGGUUCAAUCUGCACUUCUGAGCAUGUGGCGCUGUUUGUGUUCAGCUGGGAAAGAAGCAGAAAUGCGAUCAGUUUGUCUUCACAGUACACCAGUCAGCUCAGAGUCCCCAAACCCAUCUAGAUGCUGCAGAGGCCUCACAGACUGAACUUCAUAGAUUAAAGAAGCUACGUUUGCACCACUCAUCCGAAGCUGCUAACAAUCCAGUGUUUGAGAAAAUGUCCAUUCUUUCACACAAAAGCAUUCAUGAAGAGGAGCUUGAGGCCUGUGAGGAGCACGGAGGGGGACAGGGAACACGUUUCCUUCACGGCCGGUCAUGGGUGAAGAACGUGAGCAUGUAAAUAGCUACAAUGCUGAGCUUUGUUCCUCUUUAGUGGGGCCACUCGUCUCAGUGCAUUACACCCAAUGACUGUUACAGAUAACGUCUGUGUAUCUUGUCUUUAAGCGGGCUUGGAUCCUUUUCUGUGUACUGGACUGUUUUUCACACCAAUAACACAAUUAAGGAACUAAUUUUAUUGUUUCUUAUGAGAUAAAUGCUGAUUUCUCAAAACUGUAGAAAUAGGCAUGCACUCUAAUACAGUUGAGGAAAAUAAAGAGCAGGCCGCCAUUGUUUUUGGGGGGGGGUUUGCAAAAAGAAUAUUAAAUUGAAUUUAAUCAGAAGAAAAAAAUUUAAUAAUCAGAAAAACUGCUGCAACUGAUAAACACCGUCAUUACUGAUCAAUCUGCUAAUGAUUUACUUGUGUAGUUGUUUUUUGUCAGUUAAGUGUUUUUAGAGCCCAGUAUUUGCAGACCACAAAGAUGACAAAAACAGAUGUAAUCCUCACAUUAGAGAAGCUAAAACCAGUGGCUGUUUGAUGUUUUUGAUUGGAAAAACAACUGAAAUGAUGUAUUUCAACUGAUUGACUAACUCCAUUAGCUGUUUCAGCUGCACAUUUAAGCGACUGAGAAAAGUUGCAAAGCAGUGCCACCAUUACCACAGAUGUACCCGUUUUUACUUUGAAGUGCACAAACUUUCAGACAUGUGAAACAAAAGAGCCUCACCUCUGACACCAAACACAGACCACAGGAGAUUAUAAAAAGAAGUGCUUGCAUUUAAACUCACCAAGCGGAAUUCCCCUUUUGGCAUCAUCAGCAGUGCGUCUACACAUUAACAUCGAUGCCUCUGUGCUGUUUGCUCACAUAUUAACCUCAAUAUAUAUAUGUAUAUAUGCAUACAUUUUUUUAACAGAAACUCCAAAUUAGUUUUUCCUUCUUUUGAGCUUUUCUGAGUUCACAUUUGUCUGCAUACAUGUACAAUUAAAAAAAAAAAAAAAAAAAAAACACUCCUAUGAGUCAACGGAUUUUGUGCAGCUUGAUGCAGUGCUUAUCAAUGUACUUUGGAUAUGAUUAUGGUUAAGCAAUAGCUCACUGUUUUGGGGAAAUUGGUAAAUAUCAAGACUGUUUUCAUAUCUGUCUGUUCAACGUAAAAUGGAGAUGAUUAUCUUAGCUUAACACAAAGUCAGAAAACAUUUAGUUUGGUUCUGUUCAAGGGUAACAGAAUCCACAUAUUAGCACCUGUAAGCUCACUGAUUAACUAUAAAUUGUUUAACGUGUACAAAAAUGAAGAUGCUAUAUGAGCCCUUUAGUGAAACGAAAAUGCAUUUUAGUAAAUAUUAAUAUUUUGGAUGUUUGAGCAUCACGGUACAGAACGAUGGACAAGCGGCGAUAAAUUAAACUCAACAUAAAGUGUCGGGCUGCAAGAACAGUGUUCGAGUCUCUGAACUGGACCGGAGGAAUGAAACACUGUUUUUCGAAAAGAAUUUCUCUCCUUUGCUGUUUUAAAAAUAGUGGUGGGAGCAAUGUUUGAAGUGCCACUGUAAAACUUGUCAUACUUGUUUAGUUUAGUUGAAAACUGGUGACUUUGAAGGCUGAAGCGCAUGAUUCACAUUGUUUUCGCGCCUUGUGGUCGCAUGUGGUGUCAUCCUGGAGGAUACCACUCCCAUCAGAAAAGAAAUGUUUCACAAGAGGAUAAAGGUGAUCGCUCAGAGCAACUUCGUAUUGAUUUGCAGCAACGCUUCCAUGUAGGGGGAAUCGCUGGAGCCAAACCAUGCCAGCAAAAUGCCCCCCAACAGUAGAACAGAGCCACCAGAUCCCCUCACUGUCAGGGUUUCAGCUUUUUCCUUUAAAUUGUCAUAUUCUGCUGCUGAAAUUGGGUUUCUCUGUACCUACUUUAAGGCAGAAUGCGUGACUUGUAUAAAGUGCCUGAGAUGAUCUAUGUUGUAAAUUAGCACCAGGUAUAUAACAUCGAAAUAAAAACCCAGAACCUUCUUGCUGUGAGGUGACAGUGCUAAACUAACCAGCUGCUGGCUGUAUAGUGAGCGUGUUUUUAAACUCUAUGAGAAAACUAAUAAAUGCCAAACAAUUGUGCAGCUAUUUCCCCUCAUUUAUUCCCCCUCGCUGCACAUAAAUAAUGCUAGACUUCCUUAAGCUUUCAUUACAAGUAACCUGAUCAUCCGUCUUUCUGAAAAUGCAGCUCAUUGAUAAUGAAUGGGAACACGCUGUAUGAUGUUCUCUGUGAAUAAAAGGAUGUGAACCUUCCUGUUGUGGUAUCAGAUUAACACAUAUCGUUUCAACAUUAGUUUGAAUCUUGCGUUUAAACACACCAGAUUGUGUUUGUUGCUCAGCUCCGACCAGCUUUAGUUCUCACUAUUUCCCUCCUUCAUUAGCUCCAGUUGACAUUUUCUGCAUCAGACCGCACAAACAGAUUGAUUUGCAUCGUUCAUUAGCUACACACACUUUGAAUUAUUAAUACUGUAUCAAUGACUCUUUUAACCACACUUCCCCACUGUCUGUAGUUUGGAAAUUCCUCCCACGCAGCACGAAUAUAACCGGAAACGUGUUUAUUUGCAUAUUUUCCUCCUCCAGAUGUUGCAUUUAGCUCUUAUCCAAUAAAAGCAACCAGCAGUGUAUUAACGGGCAGCCUCUUCUGGGUUUACAGAGCUGCACCAGGACAUUUAGAGCCGAUGCAGCAGCUGGUUGAAGCAACAGCUGGUAGUAGGAGGAGUUUUUUUUUUUUUGUUUUUUCUGUUGAUUCUUGCUCCUCGGGCCACCUUUUGUCUGGACACCUGAACCGGUCCUCAUUUCGAAUUCACCGCACAGCACGUAUCGCCCUUUGUUUCCCCUCCUUCUGACUGCACACUGUUGCAUUUAUGUAUGAGUACACGGGCGCAGGUGUGAAAAAAGGCAUUACUGUGCAAGUUGAAUCUGAGGCUUUCACGUGAGGGAGAAAGUUUUUAUGGCUCCCCGUGUGACGUCCAGAAGGAAAUGAAUCGUUAUGUAAUCUGCUGCCAAUCCGUAAGCAGUGUGGCUCUUUUAAAAGUCUAGCUGGAGUGAGAGGUGAUGUGAAGCUCACCCCUGUUCGACUGUGAUAUGGAAAGGUUUACACUGCCUCAAGAAACAUACAUAUAGCAGAUGUUAUUGUGUCUCUGGAAUGUGAAAAGCAAACUGUGAUUUUUUUUUUUUAAACCCACAAUUCCUGCUGUAUCGGCUGACGUGAGUGCAGAAAAAUCCAGAACGAGAACUGAUCAACACAGGAGUUUUUCUUAGUAGACGUGGGAACGCUUUGUGCGACUUAAAACGACGGCUGCAGACAAAUAAAUGAGCCGAGUUCGGCACUUUACCUCGAGCAGAGGACACCCGUGGGAUUCUUAUGUAACCUUCAUGUGCACUCUCUGUUUCUCUCUCCAGACUGUUGUGCUGUCAUUUGUCUUGCCGGCUAUAUUUAAAUGCUCUCUGUACCUGAGAAAUACGAGAUGUAGCCCGAUUGUCCAUAUGUGCACCUGUUGUUUCCAGUAGCAACUGGCUGCCAGGCUCCAUCCGCCUUCGGUUUGCAUGUCAACAUGUUAAUAAAGAGUCCAAUUCUGAGCCACA